AUGUUAAAAGAGAAACUGCAAGAAAUAAAGGAUUCAAAUACAAAUUUAUAUUAACAUUUGAAUAAUGUAUUGACUAAGAUAUUAUUGGAUAAUCCAAAAGUAUGAAUAUAUUAUGAGUUAUAAUUGUAGAAUGCUUUUGAAUUAUUUGAAGAUUAUUCAUUUUAAGUAAAAUCAAAUGGAUUCACAUUUGAUAAAUAUAAUGAAUUUGAUAAUGCAGAGAGAACAAAAGUUACUAUGGAUUAAGCUAUUUAAUAAAAGACAUUGAAACUAAUCAAUAAAAUUAAUCUUGGAACUGAUGAAGAACCUUAAGAAUCAACUUAAACUGGAUAUUUACCAAAUUUAACAGAAGAAUCAUAUUUAUAUGAAUGGGCUGGUAUUGGAAUUGAUGAGAAUUAUAAAAUAUUUAAAGCAUUGACAGUAAUUAUAUUAAUUUAAUAUAUUAGUUAUUAUCUGUUACUAAAUAAGCAUCUAAACUUAGAUUUUGGGGUAAAAUUAUGGGAAGAGAUAAAGAUUAUUAUAUUGCUGAAGGAGUUGCUACUAGUACUGUUGAAGAUGGUGAAUUACCACCUGAAGUUGAACCAAGAGGAUCUGGUAUUAAUACUAAAUCAUAUUGGGCAUGCACUGAUAUUUUGAAUGAUAAAGAUUGGGUUGAAUUACCAUUGGUUACACCAUAAUAAAUCAAUAUAUCUAGAUAAAUUAAAUAUAUGUUUACAGGUAAUUUAGAAAAUGAUGUGAUUACAAAUCCUUAUUUCUUUGGAAAAGAAAAACAUUUAUUAAAAGCAUAAAUUGUUAGAAUUACAUAAUCUACUGUUAUUAUUCCAAAAGGUUAAUAUAUUUUAAGAGAAGGGGAACCUAGAGAAAUAGAUCCAGCACCUGAAUAUAAAUUACCAGGAUUUCAUGAUUUAAAAACAUUAAAUGAUUGGAUGCAUUUUAAUUAAAAUAUAUUAAAUGUAUAUUAUUUAUUAUUAUUAUAUUAGUGUGGUAGAUUAGUACAUUUAAUACCUUCUGAAUUACCUGAAGGUGUUGAACCAGAAGCUUAUUAAAAAUAAAUAGAAGCUGCGGAUCCUUUUGAAAAUAGAUUAAAACCUAUUUCAAAUGAUAAAAUAUAAAAUAAUAAACCAGCUUGGAAAAUUAGAAUUGUUGGUGAUACAACUGAUUAUAAUCCUUUAGCCAAAGACACUAAUAAUAAAGUUAAUAAUGGUGUUAUUAUUAUUAAAUCUUUAGUUUGGCCAGGAUUAGUAACUGUCUAUUCUGUAAUAAUCUAUUUUAAUUUAUAAUAGAACAAAGUAUUAUCACAAUUAUAUUAUGGUUAUGGAUUUAANUUAAAAUUUUUGAUAAAUGUUAAAAGAGAAACUGCAAGAAAUAAAGGAUUCAAAUACAAAUUUAUAUUAACAUUUGAAUAAUGUAUUGACUAAGAUAUUAUUGGAUAAUCCAAAAGUAUGAAUAUAUUAUGAGUUAUAAUUGUAGAAUGCUUUUGAAUUAUUUGAAGAUUAUUCAUUUUAAGUAAAAUCAAAUGGAUUCACAUUUGAUAAAUAUAAUGAAUUUGAUAAUGCAGAGAGAACAAAAGUUACUAUGGAUUAAGCUAUUUAAUAAAAGACAUUGAAACUAAUCAAUAAAAUUAAUCUUGGAACUGAUGAAGAACCUUAAGAAUCAACUUAAACUGGAUAUUUACCAAAUUUAACAGAAGAAUCAUAUUUAUAUGAAUGGGCUGGUAUUGGAAUUGAUGAGAAUUAUAAAAUAUUUAAAGCAUUGACAGUAAUUAUAUUAAUUUAAUAUAUUAGUUAUUAUCUGUUACUAAAUAAGCAUCUAAACUUAGAUUUUGGGGUAAAAUUAUGGGAAGAGAUAAAGAUUAUUAUAUUGCUGAAGGAGUUGCUACUAGUACUGUUGAAGAUGGUGAAUUACCACCUGAAGUUGAACCAAGAGGAUCUGGUAUUAAUACUAAAUCAUAUUGGGCAUGCACUGAUAUUUUGAAUGAUAAAGAUUGGGUUGAAUUACCAUUGGUUACACCAUAAUAAAUCAAUAUAUCUAGAUAAAUUAAAUAUAUGUUUACAGGUAAUUUAGAAAAUGAUGUGAUUACAAAUCCUUAUUUCUUUGGAAAAGAAAAACAUUUAUUAAAAGCAUAAAUUGUUAGAAUUACAUAAUCUACUGUUAUUAUUCCAAAAGGUUAAUAUAUUUUAAGAGAAGGGGAACCUAGAGAAAUAGAUCCAGCACCUGAAUAUAAAUUACCAGGAUUUCAUGAUUUAAAAACAUUAAAUGAUUGGAUGCAUUUUAAUUAAAAUAUAUUAAAUGUAUAUUAUUUAUUAUUAUUAUAUUAGUGUGGUAGAUUAGUACAUUUAAUACCUUCUGAAUUACCUGAAGGUGUUGAACCAGAAGCUUAUUAAAAAUAAAUAGAAGCUGCGGAUCCUUUUGAAAAUAGAUUAAAACCUAUUUCAAAUGAUAAAAUAUAAAAUAAUAAACCAGCUUGGAAAAUUAGAAUUGUUGGUGAUACAACUGAUUAUAAUCCUUUAGCCAAAGACACUAAUAAUAAAGUUAAUAAUGGUGUUAUUAUUAUUAAAUCUUUAGUUUGGCCAGGAUUAGUAACUGUCUAUUCUGUAAUAAUCUAUUUUAAUUUAUAAUAGAACAAAGUAUUAUCACAAUUAUAUUAUGNUUAAAAUUUUUGAUAAAUGUUAAAAGAGAAACUGCAAGAAAUAAAGGAUUCAAAUACAAAUUUAUAUUAACAUUUGAAUAAUGUAUUGACUAAGAUAUUAUUGGAUAAUCCAAAAGUAUGAAUAUAUUAUGAGUUAUAAUUGUAGAAUGCUUUUGAAUUAUUUGAAGAUUAUUCAUUUUAAGUAAAAUCAAAUGGAUUCACAUUUGAUAAAUAUAAUGAAUUUGAUAAUGCAGAGAGAACAAAAGUUACUAUGGAUUAAGCUAUUUAAUAAAAGACAUUGAAACUAAUCAAUAAAAUUAAUCUUGGAACUGAUGAAGAACCUUAAGAAUCAACUUAAACUGGAUAUUUACCAAAUUUAACAGAAGAAUCAUAUUUAUAUGAAUGGGCUGGUAUUGGAAUUGAUGAGAAUUAUAAAAUAUUUAAAGCAUUGACAGUAAUUAUAUUAAUUUAAUAUAUUAGUUAUUAUCUGUUACUAAAUAAGCAUCUAAACUUAGAUUUUGGGGUAAAAUUAUGGGAAGAGAUAAAGAUUAUUAUAUUGCUGAAGGAGUUGCUACUAGUACUGUUGAAGAUGGUGAAUUACCACCUGAAGUUGAACCAAGAGGAUCUGGUAUUAAUACUAAAUCAUAUUGGGCAUGCACUGAUAUUUUGAAUGAUAAAGAUUGGGUUGAAUUACCAUUGGUUACACCAUAAUAAAUCAAUAUAUCUAGAUAAAUUAAAUAUAUGUUUACAGGUAAUUUAGAAAAUGAUGUGAUUACAAAUCCUUAUUUCUUUGGAAAAGAAAAACAUUUAUUAAAAGCAUAAAUUGUUAGAAUUACAUAAUCUACUGUUAUUAUUCCAAAAGGUUAAUAUAUUUUAAGAGAAGGGGAACCUAGAGAAAUAGAUCCAGCACCUGAAUAUAAAUUACCAGGAUUUCAUGAUUUAAAAACAUUAAAUGAUUGGAUGCAUUUUAAUUAAAAUAUAUUAAAUGUAUAUUAUUUAUUAUUAUUAUAUUAGUGUGGUAGAUUAGUACAUUUAAUACCUUCUGAAUUACCUGAAGGUGUUGAACCAGAAGCUUAUUAAAAAUAAAUAGAAGCUGCGGAUCCUUUUGAAAAUAGAUUAAAACCUAUUUCAAAUGAUAAAAUAUAAAAUAAUAAACCAGCUUGGAAAAUUAGAAUUGUUGGUGAUACAACUGAUUAUAAUCCUUUAGCCAAAGACACUAAUAAUAAAGUUAAUAAUGGUGUUAUUAUUAUUAAAUCAUUAGUUUGGCCAGGAUUAGUAACUGUCUAUUCUGUAAUAAUCUAUUUUAAUUUAUAAUAGAACAAAGUAUUAUCACAAUUAUAUUAUGGUUAUGGAUUUAAGGCUACAAAUAAUCAUUUCUAUCCUAAAUAACCAUAAUAAGUUUAAUAAGAAUAACCAGAUCUUCCAGAAUAACCAGAACCCAAUUUCCCAGCUGAAGUCCCUUAAUAACAAUAAGAUUGAUCAUUAUUAUUAUU